UAACAAAUACCGAUGGACAAUUUGUUGUGGGAGGCUAGAACUAAACUUAGUACAAAAUCUGUUUUCAAAUCUGACCACCUUAUGUAUUAAAACGAAAAUAAAUCUGUACAUAUUUUCAGCAUACAUAAAAGUAGUACGAUGUGCGGACAAUGAUUUUUCUAGAAUUUCAUGGGAAGAUGUUAACAUUCAUUAAAAUGAAGACUCUGUAUAAAAGAAGCAGCAGCAGGACUAGCAACACAGGCACACAGAGAGACUCUGUAAGGAAGUUAAGUGACUCUGGGAGUAGGCUAAGUGACUCUGGGAGUAGGUUAAGUGACUCCUCAGGCCAGUUAAGUAACUCUGGGAGUGUUGUUAGCACUAAUGGUAUAAAUCAUUCAGGACCAGUAACUGUUGCUGUGCGAAUCUACACUGAAAACAAAGAUGGUGCUAGCGUCAUGUUUGAAGAAUCUGACACAUGUGAAUCUGUUUGUUUAUCUCUGGCCAAAAAGCUUGGUAUCAACCCAACAGACCUGAAUUGCUUUGGUCUGGGCAUUUUUGACACGUCACAGAAGAAAUAUUACUGGCUGGCACCAUGCCAGAAACCAAGUGAAGUUUGUUACAAUCUGACACAAAUGGGAGAAAAUGACGUGUUCUUUAGAAUGAGGUUUUUGCCAGAGUCCUCAAAAUGCGAUAAGACAGACACAAAGUGCCUAGAAUAUUUAACAUGGCAAGUGAAGUGGGACUUCCUUCGCAGCAAUUUCUCAUGUUUUUCUGAAGAAUCGAAGACGGACGAAGCACGCGGAAUUAGCUGUAUGCUAAUUCUUCUUGAACUUCGGAUUAACACCGAGAGAGAAAACUGUGCUGAAAAUAUAAAAGCCUUCAUGAAAGGAAAGAAUUUGGAUCACUUCUUACCGGUGGCUUUAAGAAAGAGCUUUCUCGAGAAAAGGAUCUUAAAGGAAAACAUGUAUAAGAAAGUAGAGAGUCUGCAGGAAAAGUAUCCUGCUAGUCGAUGCAACCCGCAUUAUCUAAUGUCAUGGUGGCUAAAGGUGAUCCUGAAACAGAAUUCCUCAUGCUAUUCUGAAACGUUCCUUGCGUAUGAGCUUGACAUUGACAAUGAAGAAUUUGAAAGGAUUGAGGGUGACGACCAGCCAUCACAAAUAAUUGAUAAACAGGAAUUAAUUGUUACUGUGAAAAUGGAUCAGUCUUAUCCAAAAUUGACCGUUUCAAGGAAAAGUGUGAGAAAUGACAUGUUGAAUUGUUACGUGGACAAUAUUUCCAAACUAGAAAUCAGCCAGAUUCAGUUAGAUAAUGAUACAUGGUGGAGAAUCCAUAUGUUCAGACAAGACGGACACCCUGUGAUGCUGUAUUUUAAAGAUAGAAACGAGGCAUAUUCAUUCGCUACUUGUAUAGAAUGUUAUAGCCGUCUCAUCUACGACUUCUAUGAUAGCGUGUGUCAGGAAUUAGAGCCGUCUGUAGUAAAAGAGUUGAACAAACUAAGGGCGCAUGGUCCAGUAAGCGAAAAUUUUGUGAGGAAGAAGUUGGUGAAAAAGAACAGUAAGGACUUGUAUAUACUACAAGCAAACCUCACUGACUAUGGUCGGUAUGAUGUAUUCUAUCUACCAAGUACCACAGCAAGACUGAAGAAAAAGACGUUGCCAAAGAUCAAGCAGGUUGAAGAAGGGUAUAUUGUAGAAGGUCUUCCAAUGCCACCACAGGAUCUCAAGGUUUUGAUCAAUGACCUGGUCAAGGACACCAACAUUUUGCCUGGCACUUGCCUCAGGAUCAAACCUCAGUCAGAAGGAUGUGAUUUGCUGCAGAGCCUUAUAAUGGGCCAGGAACCAAGAGAUGUACAGGGUGAGGAUGAAGAGAGAAGAGAAAGAAGAAGAAUUGAGAAUCAGCCAAAAGUUUAUUGCACAAAUGAUUUAGUGUCACAAUCUUUACUUGGUCAAGGGCAUUUUACAGAGGUACACAGUGCUUUACUGUGUGAACAAGAUCAAGUUGUCAUUAAAAAGAUGAGAGUUAAAGACAUCGAAGAGGAUGACUUUAGAAUUGUUCAGGAGGCAUUCCAUGAAGGCUUGGAGAAACUGAUGGCUUUAGCUGACCCACAGUUUUUUGUGGGAUACAUGGGAAUGACCUUGACUCCUGAUGUGUGUAUGAUAAUGAAGGGAACCAGCUAUCGCAGCUUAAAGCAAUUUCUACAAUACCGGGAACAAGGACUUCCUAUGCUUUCAUUACAUCAUUUGUUAGAUGCUAACAUACAAGUAGCAUCAGCAUUAGUGUACAUGGAGGAGAGGAACUGUUACCAUGGCAAUAUUCAUUGUGAUAAUAUUUCUGUGAUGAAUUAUGACAACAGAACAAUGGUAGUGAGAAUAAGUGAUCCUGGUCUGGUUAGUCUGUAUAACAAACUACCUCUUACGCACCCAGUCAACAGGAAAAGAUUGCCAUGGCUUGCCCCGGAGCUCCAUACCAAUCUCACUGAAGUAACAGCUCAGUCUGAAGUUUAUGCCUAUGGUACGACCCUGUGGCAGAUGUUCUCUCAGGGAUUAAACCCAGUUGAUCAUGAUCCAAAGUUGAGGAACAAAACAACAGACCAGAUUAUAAGAUUUUUUGCUGAUGGGAACACGUUAUCGUGUCCGCAAUAUUUGCACCAGAAGAAUGAGGAUCCUGAAGAGAUCAAGAAUGUGAAAAGUUUGUUGUUUAGAGUGAUGCAAUCGUGCUGGAAUCAAGAUACUGAAGAAAGGGCCGACCCCAAAAGGAUCCUCAAAGAGUUGAAUAGUAAUGCACAGACAUAUGAGGAGAUAUAUCAUAAGUACAACAUUAUUCCGUAUUUUGAUGUGGUGUCAUCUGCUGCAAGCUUGUAUCCUGCUGCAUCAUCCUCUAGUGGGGGAACCAGGCCACAAUCUUCAGGAUUUAUUUAUAGCGAUCAGCCUGUAUUGGUUCCCGACAUAGCUUGUCUCAAACCAGAGGGUAGGAGGAGUGCAGGUCCUUCAAACAGAAAUGAGAACAGGGCCCAGUUAGGUAACGAGGCAGAGGCCACUAAAUCGGAGAUGUCCACAGCGGUAUUAAGGCCUAUUGGUGCUCAACCAGCUCAGGCCGUUCCGUUGCAAGUAGGUCAGGCAAGAGGUGCAUUUGGUGCUGCAUCUUCAAGACAGCUUGGUGCGUCUGCUGCAACAGCUGUUGUACGUUACAACAUUGAUGACAGAAGACUUGAGAUUGAUUGGACCGCGGAACUCGGCAAGGGUCACUAUGGAGCUGUAUAUAAAGGGAAGUUGUACCCUAAAGAUGAAUUGAAGGUUUUAAGACCCCAUGCUGGACCAGAGAUUGUUGUUGUUAAAGUUUUGAAGCCUGAAAUGGUGGCUAGAUUCAGUGAAGAUUUCAAAAAAGAAGCUGUAGUCAUGCAAAAAUUGCAUCAUCAAAAUGUUGUCAAGUUUUAUGACAUUUGUCAUGAAGGUGAAUAUCUGGUGAUGGAAUAUGUAGAGAACAACUCCCUGCACAGGUAUGUAGUCAAGUGUGAAAGGGAACGUCAGACAAUCCAACCACUUACCUUCCUUCAACUCGCAACUCACAUUGCUGCGGGAAUGGAAUAUUUAGAGUCACAGAGAGUGAUCCAUUGUGAUUUGGCAGCUAGAAAUGUUCUACUGACUGGAGAUCUGUGUGCAAAGAUCAGUGAUUUUGGAUUAUCUAAAAUCCUUUCACAGGAAAAAGACUACUACCGUCGGACAACAGACAAAACCAUACCAAUACUGUGGUGUGCACCAGAGUGGAUUGGCUAUAAACGAUUUACAUCCAAGAGUGAUGUGUGGAGUCUUGGUGUUGUAAUUUGGGAAAUGUACAGCUAUGGAAGAGCUCCAUUCAUCCAAAAGGAUGUAAGCAAGAUAAUGGAUGCACUUGUGAAAGGAAAUAGACUGCCAAAACCUAAAAACUGCCCCGAUUCGGUCUAUACAGAGAUGGGUAAUUGUUGGAAAUGGGAACCGAAUGACAGACCAGACUUUAAGCAGUUGAGAAUCAGAUUUGAGCAGCUAUGUUCAGAAUCACAAGCUGCUGUAAAUGGUACCCAACCAUCCACAUCCAGACCUAAACAAACUGCUACGAGAAGAAAUACAGCCCAUAGCAAUCCAUCAAAGCAGGCUAUAGGUAAGGAUGCUGCCACUCCUAACAAGCCACCACAGGUGUCUGUAGAAACUGGGAAGAACAAAAGUGAUGCCACAAAAGAUCCUACAAGAGAACCUGACAGCACUCGUGCUGUUGGAAAUGGACUAGUUGAACAAAAUAACACUGAAGAAAGGUUAUCAAAUAGUCUAAAUAGAACUGGAGAAAGGAGUCAGGAAGCUCUUGCAUCGAAUGUUAGAGGGCCACCUGCUGCUGGACCUGAAGAGGAAGCUCAGUCUGGUAGAGAUAUAAGAGAAGGAAGAAUAUUAUCUAACCAGUCUGUAAAAAGUGAUGUGAAAGAGAACCUGACUGUUGGGGAGGAUUUGUUGAAAAGAGACACAGACAAGGAAACUAGUGUGGUUAAAAGUGGGAACCAGUCAAAUUCUGAAGCUGAUAGACGCUUGAUAUCAAACUCUACAGGAAAUAGAAGCUUGGUAUCAAACCAGUCAGCAAAUGCAUCCAAGCAGCUCUCUGUUGGUUCUCAGCAGUCUUGUGGGAAAAUGACCAAGAAUGGGAGUGAAAACAUUAUCAUUAACAAGAAAGACUUAACUUUUGACACCAGAGAUUUGCUUGGGCAGGGAGGUUUUGGAAAGGUUUAUAGGGGGAUAUACCGUGGUGAGACUGUUGCUGUGAAAAGUUGCACUGAACCAAAGGUGUAUGAAAGAUUCAAACGGGAAUUCAAUCUUUUGUUUAAACUGAAGCAGAAAUCUUCAAACAUUGUCAAGUUCAUUGGACUUUAUGAAGAUAGGGAUACUGAAGUGUGUAAAACAUACAUGUAUGUAAUGGAGUAUCUGGAAUGUUCUUUAUAUAGCUACCUUGUUGAUCAGAAGAAGCAAGGAAACACUGUCGACAUUUUGAAAAAAAUCAGUUUCCUCACCGAUAUUGCUAAGGGUAUGGACUGCCUUUUCCAAAGUUCCAUUGUGCAUGGUGACCUGACAUCUAAGAACAUCUUGUUGAGCAAAGAUCUUACAGCAAAGAUUAGUGACUUUGGAUGGGCAAAAGAAUUGGAGAGCUCAGAGGACAAUAUGCAGUAUCUGAGAAGUGAUGCUACUUUUCAACCACAUUGGGCUGCUCCAGAAGUGUUUUCUAAACAGUUUUAUACCAAGUUCACAGACAUUUGGAGCUACGGUGUAGUGUGUAUCGAGGUGUUUCAAGAUGGUACUACUCCUAGCCUGCCUUUACCUUUAAAUGAAUUGAAACAGAAUCAUAAUGCUUACUUGCUAAAAUUUUAUACUGCAAUAAUGAAAGGAGUCCGGUUUCCUAAACCCCCACAAUGUCCAGAGGAACUUUAUAAUGAGAUGAUUUUGAAAUGCUGGAGAAACGAAUACAAGGAGAGGAUUAUCUAUAAAGACAUAAUUGAAGCGCUGUCAAGGCAGAAAAGGACAGUGAGCAGUCAGUAGAUAUGACACUUGCCAAAACAAACACUGUGUAGGAGAUGCUUAUGUGACUUUAAUGUAAUGGAAGUGCCGGAGUAUCCCAAUAGCUUUAGUCAGAGCAAAAGCUGGGCAAUGUUUUGUCCUGACAUUUCAAGUUUUGCAUUGAAUUUUUAGAAAUGUAUGUGAAACACACUUUGUUAAAUUUGUAAUCCUAGGAAUCUUUCAGCAAAAGCUAUAAGGUGAUAUUAAAUUCGAUGUUUUAUGUGAAGAAUGCCUCUUAGAUGUAAAUAGAAGAUAUUACAUGGCAUUGAAUGUCUUUUCAUAUUGAAUUUAUCAAACAAGUUGAAUAAAAUAAUGAACUGCAAGGCUCUACCGAGUAUUUUAUCAAUUUUAUUCAACAAAUUUAAUAAAUUCAAUAUGGAAAGACACAAAGGUAAUAUUCUUUUUAUCACAUGUAAGCUUCUCCUGCAGAAACAUCAAAAUUCCGUCUUUCUUUACCUAUUAUUGACCAAGUCAAUUCAACUGACGUCUCCUAUACUUAGAAUGACGUCAAUGUCAAAGCUUUAUUACAAAAGUUGAUAGCAAAUUUAUAUAAUUGCUUUAUUUCACUCCCAAGAUAUCAAACACUUGAUAAAUGUACAUAAAAAUUAUGUUUGUUUUUUAAUUGUACAUAAAAUGAUAUGUUUGUUUUGGUCAUUAUUUCCAAUAUCAGAUCAUAUUACUCAAUAAUAGUUUAUUACCAGGUAUUUUGUGCAUAAUUAUGUUGCUUCUGAUAUAGGCACAAUUAAUCAUGAUAUUUUUGAUUGAUCAUUUAAGACUUGUACACGAGUGACAAUCAUAUAAUAUGCUGCUUAAAUUUUAGUAAAAAGUUUUUAAAAAUGUAUUUUAAUAGGUUUUCGAAUUUCCUGCUUUUAGCAGUGAAACUGCAAGGAUUUUAAGCCUAAGUUCUGCUGAGAUUACUGUAAAAGCACAUAUUUCCGCUGUCUCAACAUUUUGCGAAUUUGAAAUUUUUAGCAUGUUGGCGAGGUUUAAUACUCGCAAAAUUAUAAAAAUGGUAUCUUACUUUAAUUUGAAUCAUACUAAGGUGAAUAUUUACAUGAGGAAUUGUGAUAUGUCUGGCCUCGCAAAUAUAGUGAAAUUUAAACCCUUGCAAAAAUUUCUGCUUUUACGGUAUGAAAUAUUUUGAUCUUCAUAUCAUUGGCAUCUUUGCAUAUUAGUUUGCUUACUAAUACUUGCUUGAUAUAGCUGUGGACCACUUUAAAUAUAGGUGACCACAAUAUUACAUGGGGCAUUUGAUCAGUUGGUUUUGACUUUAAUGUUUAAAAUCGGUGUAUAACUCAGGAACUUCUUAUUGGAUGAUUCAUUAUACAACUGUAGAUAAAUUUCCUGCUCAACUUUAAAAUGUAAAGUACAUUUUGGCACAUAUUUGACCAUCUGUGCUAGUUUCCUUGCAGAUAUAACCGCUGUAUUCUGUUAUUAUACUAUUAGACAGGUACUCAGACCUUUAGUGCCAGUUUACUAUGGUCAGGCAUCAUCUGAAGUAAUACAGCAUAUCAACAUUAUCUGUAGCUUAAGGUAGUUUUGCACAUUGGGAUCAAUUUUUUUUCUACAAUUUAGAAUUUGAUUAAACCCUGAUUUUUCAAAACUUCAUAAUAUACUUAGAAAAUUCAGCAAAUAAAAAAGAUAGGAUCAUGUGCUUGAUUUUUUACUAGACUGAUUUGAAUAAGUUGGACCUCAAGCAAGUUUUCAUAAUAGGAAAAUCACGAUUUUCAUAACAUUCUCGAAAAUAGAAUUUUUUCUGCAAUGUAGAUUUUAAUGAAACUUCUCAGAGUUGUAAAUAAACAUUAGUCUAUAAUAUUGUGAAAUAAAAUGUGCUUGCUUUUUAGGUAUUUGCCCAUGAUUAGAGUGAUCCGCGCAUUUCAAACUGGUUUUAAGAUAUUAUUUUGAAUUAUUUAUCUUGUCAGAUGUUUUAAUAUAUUUUAACUUAGAUAGAUAGUAACGUUGCCAUUGUAGUAAAUUUGCUCAUGGGUUAGCAUUCAUUCAUAAAAUGAUUUUCAUUUCCAUAUGCUGAAUCCAGGCAUUAUUCUAUGUUAUCCAGAUAAAUGACAUUACGCAAUCACUUGUGAUUGAUCAAAUGUGCAGAACUACCUUAAUCAGAUUUUUGUGCCAUUUGCGCAUCAUACAUACAUUUAUGUAUGGUUUAAUUUAGGGUGACUGCAUUCUUGGAAUUCGACUGUUCUACUAUGGUGGUUCAUAAUACGAUGAGUGAUUUCUGAUAAUCCUGGAAACAUAAUGUAAAUAAUUUGCAAUCAUUAAUGGCUUUUGUCUGGUAGUAAAUGAAUGCUUGGUUGUUGAUGAUAGCGGUUUACUUUAUGAACCAGUGUUUCUGUUAGAUUUCUGAUGUGAGGUUAGACCGUUGGACAGAAGAAAUGCUCUAUCUCUACAGUAGCAGGCCAUUCAGCAAAUAAACUCUGAUUUAGACUAGAUUGUACAUAGUUUUGAGGCCAGCCUGGAUACACGAGAGUUACUCUGUGUAGUAACUGACAGAGCGGACGCAGUGUUCCAGUGAUAACACUGACAGACUACGAAAUUAGAGGUCAUGAGUUCAAGGCUCCGAUUCUCCCACUAAAACCUGUAACAUUCUGAUAAGAGCCAUGUGUAUUGAUGCUUUAAAACUGGCAUGCUAAAGAACCAGGAAAGCUUCUAGAAUUGGAGUGUCUUCAGUAUUCUGCACUAUCUUUUAACUAAAACCACUUAUGGUCUUUUUGAGGUGUCCCCCAUGUGGUUUACUGAUGGCGACUUCAUAGAGGCUUAAGUACACAAGUGGUAUCUGAGAUUAAUAGCUUACCUGAACAGUAAUGCAUCUAAUUUAUUGAAAAGACAGAAGAAUGAGAAAUAUAUAUUAUUAAGUGCUGGUACGAAGGUGUCAUAGAUACUACAUUAUUUAUGGUGAAUGAAGAUGUUAACCCUUAUCGUGCUGGGCUGGGCUGAUUCUGCCUUUGCGACCAGUGUAGAUCAUGAUCAGCCUGCACAUCUGUGCAGUCUGAUCAAGAUCUGCACUGUUCGCUGUUCAGUCAGUAUUUUAUUUUGUAAGCACCCCUUUUAACAGUUAAUGGUACUGUCCAAAUUGAAAGAUGGACAAGUUCAUUUUAGAAAUUUAGCUGGGUAAGGGUUAACUAAAUUCAUAUUUGUGUUAUGUCAGUUUGUUAAUAUUUUGUGUAAAUAGUUAAGUGUUGUCGAUAGUUGCUAUAUGUUAUGAAUUACUUCUAAAUCCUGUUAUGUUUUAUAAGAUAUUAAGUGUAAAUAUUUUUUUAUUAGAGAUUAACUUUUAAAACUGAUUGAUGAAUAUUUUCUUUGAUAUUAAUAUUCACUAUUAAGUAAAUUAGAUUUACGCCUGGUGGGAUUGAAUAAUUGAUUUGGCUCAUAAUAUGAUUACAGUUGCAGGUAAAAUAUAUAUUUAUAUACACGUAGAACCAGGUCAUUUUGGGCAUUGACUCUUAUGCUGUAGAUAUAGAGCUUUUUGUUGCACAUUUUUGUACUCUUAAAAAUUCUUUCACUGUUAAGUUUGUUUUAUGCUUAGAGGUGCAAAUACAUGAAAUUAAUUUUGACAAUUACAUAAUUAUCGGGUAACGUAUACUAGACGUUUACUAAAGUGUUAUUCAAGCAACUCAGUUUGAAUGAGUCAGUUCUGGAGAGGUAAUGCAAUAAGCAACACUUCUCACGCCCCAACCCCACCAAUACCGGCGUAAAAGGAACUAUUAUAUACAAAUAAAAACUUCUUUCUUUAAUUUAAAUACAUUUAUAAUGUCAGAACCAAGCUGCAUUCGUAUUCAGACACUCCGGACACUUAAUCUCACUGCUAAUAUUUGCUUUGGCAGACGUAAAAUCUCUUGUCAUUUGAUUGUAAUCAUUUAAUAAGUUCUUUUUAAAUUUAGUAGUAAUUAACUGGACAAAAUAACUAUCUUUCCAUUUUUAGCUCGACUAUACGAAGAAUGAGAGCUAUCCUACUUACCACAGCGUCGGCGUCACACCUUGAUUAAGUUUUACGUACCAGUCACAUUUUGAAAAAAACCUUUUGACAUAUAACUUUGAAACUUACAACACUUGAGGACUAUCAUUAUGUCCAGUUUUAGGAUAGAGUACAUAACGUUUUGUCUGAAUUAUGGCCCCUUUUAACUUACAAGUCUUGGUUAAGUUUUUUGUACCAUUUCAUUUUGUGUAAACUGUUCGACAUAUGGCUUUGAAACUUUAAUCACUUAUUUAUUAUAACAAUCUCUACCUGUAGACAAGAGUACAUAACUCUGUCAAGUAUUUUGGCAGAAUCGGGGCCCUUUUGGACUUGGAAAUUGAUUUAGUUUUCGUACAAGUCCACGUUUCAUCAAAACUAUUUGGCAUCUGGCUUUGAAACAUUAAAGACUUGUUUAUCAUCAUAAUCUCCAUCUGUAGUCAAGGGUAUGUAACUAUUUCCAUGAUAUUUUGCUGAAUUUUGGCUUGUUUUUUUGGACUUAGAAAUCGGUUAAGUUUUUCGUAUCAGUCCAUAUUUUGUCUAAACUGCUUGCCAUGUGGCUUUGAAACAUGGACCACUAGUUUACCAUCAUAAUCUCCUUAUGUAGGUAACACUACAUAACUAACUUUUGACAUAGAAAUUACUUAAUAUUUUGACCCCAUAUUUACAUCAGUUCUUCGAAUUAUCGAGCACGCUGUCAACAGAGAGCUCUUGUUUAUUUGCCAAAAUCUUAAAAAUUAUGGAAAAUGUUUUUUUCAAAUUUUACGUUCGCGUAGACUAUAUGUGAUUUAUGACAUUUCAGGAUUUCAGCAAAAUCAUACAGUGAGAUCAAUUUUUUCCUCUGACAAAUUAACACAUUUUUGAAAAGUGAUAAAAAUACACUAAAAUGUCUUGAAUCUACAAACUAGGUUAAAAGAAAAUGGCAACAAAGCAAAAUAACUUAGAUGUUCUGGUCCCAUAAAAAAGAUCAUUUUUAGCUCAUCUGAUUUUUAGCUCACCUGUCACAAAGUGACAAGGUGAGCUUUUGUGAUCACGCAGCGUCCGUUGUCCGUCCGUGCGUGCAUGCGUAAACUUUUGCUUGUGACCACUCUAGAGGUCACAUUUUUCAUGGGAUCUUUAUGAAAAUUGGUCAGAAUGUUCACCUUGAUGAUAUCUAGGUCAAGUUCGAAACUGGGUCACGUGCGGUCAAAAACUAGGUCAGUAGGUCUAAAAAUAGAAAAACCUUGUGACCUCUCUAGGGGCCAUAUAUUUCAAAAGAUCUUCAUGAAAAUUGGCCAGAAUGUUCACCUUGAUGAUAUCUAGGUCAAGUUUGAAACUGGGUCACGUGCCGUCAAAAACUAGGUCAGUAGGUCAAAUAAUAGAAAAACCUUGUGACCUCUCUAAAGGCCAUAUUUUUCAUGGGAUCUGUAUGAAAGUUGGUCUGAAUGUUCAUCUUGAUGAUAUCUAGGUCAGCUUUGAAACUUGGUCACAUGCAAUCAAAAACUAGGUCAGAAGGUCUAAAAAUAGAAAAACCUUGUGACCUCUCUAGAGGCCAUACUUAUGAAUGGAUCUUCAUAAAAAUUGGUCAGAAUGUUCACCUUGAUGAUAUCUAUGUCAAGUUUGAAAGUGGGUCACGUGUUUUCAAAAAGUAGGUCAGUAGGUCAAAUAAUGAAAAAACCUUGUGACCUCUCUAGAGGCCAUAUUUUUCAUGAGAGCUUCAUGAAAUUUGGUCAGAAUGUUCAUCUUGAUGAUAUCUAGUUAAAUUUCGAAACUGGGUCAUGUGCAUUCCAAAACUAGGUCAGUAGGUCUAAAAAUAGAAAAACCUUGUGACUUCUCUAGAGGCCAUACUUUUCUUGGGAUCUGUAUGAAAGUUGGUCAGAAUGUUCAUCUUGAUGAUAUCUAGAUCAAGUUUGAAACUGGGUCAACUGCGUUCAAAAACUAGGUCAGUAGGUCAGAUAAUAGAAAAACCUUGUGACCUCUCUAGAGGCCAUAUUAUUCAUGGGAUCUGUAUGAAAGUUUGUCUGAAUUUUCAUUUUGAUGAUAUCCAAGUCAAGUUUGAAACUGGGUCAACUGCAGUCAAAAAGUAGGUCAGUAGGUCAAAUAAUGAAAAAAUCUUGUGACCUCUCUAGAGGCCAUAUUUUUCAUGGGAUCUGUAUGAAAGUUGGUCUGAAUGUUCACCUUGAUGAUAUCUAGGUCAAGUUUGAAACUGGGUCACGUUCCAUCAAAAACUAGGUCAGUAGGUCAAAUAAUAAAAAACCUUGUGACCUCUCUAGAGGCCAUACUUUUCAUGGGAUCUGUAUGAAAGUUGGUCUGAAUGUUCAUCUUGAUGAUAUCUAGGUCAAGUUCGAAACUGGAUCAACUGCAGUCAAAAACUAGGCCAGUAGGUCUAAAAUUAGAAAAAUCUUUUGACCUCUCUAGAGGCCAUAUUUUUCAAUGGAUCUUCAUGAAAACUGGUCAGAAUUUUUAUCUUGAUGAUAUCUAGGUCAAGUUCAAAACUGGGUCACGAGCUCAAAAACUAGGUCACUAUGUCAAAUAAUAGAAAAAAAACGACGUCAUACUCAAAACUGGGUCAUGUGGGAACAGGUGAUUGAUUCAGGACCAUCAUGGUCCUCUUGUUUGAAAAAAUAAAUGAGUUAUUGUCAUCACUAAAUCGGCGUCGGCGUUGCCUGGUUAAGUUUUAUGUUUAGGUCAGCUUUUCUCCUAAACUAGCAAAGCUAUUGCUUUAAAACUUGCAACACUUGUUCACCAUCAAUAGCUGACUCUGUACAGCAAGAAGCAUAACUUCAUGCUGCUUUUUGCAAGAAUUUUGGCCCCUUUUUUGGACUUAAAAAUAUCACAUUUCUUGGUUAAGUUUUAUGUUUAGGUCAACUUUUCUCUGAAACUAUCAAAGCUAUCGCUUUAAAACUUGCAACACUUGUUCACCAUCAAAAGCUGACUAUGUACAGCAAGAACCAUAACUCCAUCCUGCUUUUUUCAAGAAUUAUGGCCCCUUUUGGACUUAAAAAAUCGGAUUUCUUGAUUUAGGUCAGCUUUUCUCCUAAACUAUCAAAGCUAUUGCUUUAAAACUUGGAACAGUUAUUUGCCAUUAAAAGCUGCACAGCAAGUAUUGUAACUCUACAUUGCUUUUUUGCAAGAAUUAUGGCCCCUUUUGGACUUAGAAAAUCAUGGAUAUGACAAUAUUUCAAUUGUACAGAGACAAAAAAAUCAGAUGAACGUCUGCACCCGCAAGGCGGUGCUCUUGUUAUAAUUGUAUGCUAUUUAAUCAUUUCCUUGUAAAAAUUUAAAAUCUACACCUCUGUAUUCUUACAAAUCGUAUUCAUCCGUUUUCUUUAACCAGAACUUUUAUGUAUAAUUUCCUGACUUUUGAGUGUAUAGAAAAUUAUUUCUAUGCAUGAUUCCAUAUUUAUGGCAUUAAAAGUACUUUUGGUAAAUUUUAAGGUUUUAGAAAAUAACAAAUGGCGGGUUCACUGUUUUGUUCAGUAUAAAUACAUUUUUGAGUCGACUAAACGCUGCCAAGCGUUUGACGAGUCCUUGCUAUCGCACGAUUUCUCAUUCUUAAAUGGCCUCACAACACAGCGAAGUGAUGUAGUUCCAUUGGAUUGUCUCUAAUUUCAAAGAGUUCAUUGAUCGAAUGAAGUUCAUUUAUGUCGAUCCUAUUUGCUAUGAUCAAUAUACGAUGUAAUCUGUCAUAUGUAUGACUUGUAAUUGUGCAAUACUCGAAUAAAGCCACGUAUUUUCUUCCGCAGUAACUCAUUAAGCAUAAACACGCAUAACAAUUCUGUGGGAUUUGGUAAUACAUUUGUGCAUAUGAUUAUGGUGACGAAUUUUAUGCCCUUUUGUCACAAAAUAGCAAAUAUGAUGUUCACAAAUUCAAAUAAAAACUGCAUAUUAACUUAUUAGCCAAAUAAUCCAUUUGUUACCCUGUCCGUUUCAAAAAAUAAUCUUUAAAAUCAUUGCGCAAAUAACAAAUUUAUUGUGCUGUGCAUUUUAUGAAUUGCGCAGACUUACAAAGCUUGCGUAACAUCCAGUGAAAGACAAAAUAUAGUUCCAGAACAUACUGCUAGUAUUUUAUUGAGUGGGUACCUCUGAAAGCAUUGGAAUGUCUCUUAUCAAAGAGUUUACCACAUCGAUGAAAUUAAAUAAUGACAGCUUCAUUUUAAAUGACCCGAAAAAGAUAUGUGCAGUACGUUAAUUCUUCCGCGAGACUUCGCGGAUGAAUCCUAACUACCUUCUGGACACUUCUCAGCGAACACACGUGACCUGUUUAUAACAAUGCUUCUACGACGGAUAAAUUAUCGGAAGAAGAAGCUCUUACUGGUUUGUUUAGUUACUACUGAUGUUAAAAAUGAUAUUAAUUCUUUUUUUUCGAGAAAUAAACAAAUCGGCGAAACAUUAAAUUGUAUUUUCUUGUAGUUUUUGAAAUCGAAAGUAGAUCGUCUAUGUUUGGCUGCUUUGACGAAACGAAACAACUAUUUUAUGAAAAGAUUUAAAUAAGAGGUAAUUUAACCGUAAACUUCAAUGUCAGAUACUGCCAAUUGCUGCUAAAUGUCUUCGUAUCAUCACAAUUUGUAAAAUAUAUUGUUGAAACUGGAGAAAAGUGUAAUCGUACCCGGAUAUAAUAUUUUGGGUAAAUAUCGAGCUGUGUUAUGAAAUUUUAACAUUCAAGUAACAUACAUGAUAGAUAUUAUUGUAACAGAAAUGAUUCUAGAAUUUAUUUUUAUUACACCUACAUAUAAUCUAUGUCAGACUCGUAUUCUAGUCCUGAGGCAUGAUCUGAAAGAAAAAAGAUGAAGUGACAGUCAUACUUUGGAUAUUGUAAUACUAGAAAGAAUCGAGAUCGUAACCUUUCUGGAAUUUUGACUGGUUUGGAUAAUUUGCUUAUGAUUCAGGUUCGCAAAAAAAUGAAACCGACACCCAUUCUGCUUUUCAUGAUGACACAUGGCUUGAUUUUUGCAGUCAGUAAGCGGAUAAAUUAUCCCGAGAAAGAGCUCUUACUGAUUUGUUUAAUUACUACUGAUUUUAAAAAUGAUUUUAUUUCUUAUUUUUUGAGAAAUAAACAAAUUGGCGAAACAUUAAAUUGUAUUUUCUUGUAGUUUUUGAAAUCGAAAGUAGAUCGUCUAUGUUAGAGUGCUUUGACGAAAUGAAACAAUUUUUUUUAUGAAAUGAUUUAAAAAAUUUCACCGUAAACUUCAAUGUCAGAUACUGCCAAUUGCUGCUAAACUGACUUCAUAUCAUCACAAUUUGUAAAACAUAUUGUUGAAACUGGAGAUUUUGGCAGUAUAAAAGAAAGUGUAAUCAUAUCCGGAUAUAAUAUUUUGGGUAAAUAUCGAGCUGUGUUAUGAAAUUUAAACAUUAAAGUAACAGACAUGAUAGAUAUUAUUGUAACAGAAUUGAUUCUAGAAUUUGUUUUUAUAAUACAUACAUAAAAUCAAUAUCAGACUUAUAUUCUAGUGCUGAGGCAUGACCUGAAAGUAAAAAUAUAAAGUGACAGUCAUUCAUACUUUGAAUAUUGUAAUACUAAAAAGAAUCUAGGUAAUAUAUAGAAAUUGAAACAUAAAAUUUUCAGUUAGAAAUCGCACCAAAGGCUGUAUCAAGGUUCUACAUUUUCAAAAUUUCCUUGUGGUGAUACCCCAAACCCUACUUGCAGGAGGGGGUAUCCUCCCACACCCUCCCCCCCCAUAUUGCCACUUUACAGUUUGAUACAUUUGCCCUUUUACCGCCUGCCACAAUGCCCAUUUCAAAAUCUGACUGCAGUUCAAAGCAGGAAGGAACACCCCUCCCAACACACACCCUGCUACCAUCCACGUAAAAAUGGCUCAAACAUUUUUUCAGCCCAGUCUGGGACUGUCUGUCUACAUGAAUAAAAAUGGAUAAUUGAAAGUACAUAGACUUUGGGACUACUGACAUGGUUUUGAAGGGGUUAACAGGUCUGAAAUAGAAUAAAUGAUGGUUUUAACUAAAAAAGAACUGCAUUUAUAAAUAUUGGUUAUCUUUUCCGAAAUUGGUAGCUAGUCCGAGUAACUUCUCUUAGUUUCGAAUGCUUAAUUUUCCUGUCAGUGUAAACAUUCAUGACACUAUAUAUUGACACUCAGCAACAUUUACAUAUCUUUAAACGCAAAAGUAAGUAUACUUUAAAUUCACAUCCCUUAUAAUAUGAUUGAACAAUACCUAGCGUGUGACACGGUUAUUGCCAGGCCAUUUAUCUGUAAAAUAUCUGAACAGUUCUUUCGUCCAUCCAUUACAAAUUGUAUGUGGCAAUCCGCGCUAUAAAAUUUCAAUAUAUAAAUAUAAUAUAUACCAGCCGAUAAUUGCCUGUUUUCGUAAUGCCGGAGGCAAAUGUUUACUGGAAAAUUAUUUAUAGUCAUGGGCAGUAUCUUAGUGUCACCUGUCAAAUUGUAGUUUGUACUUUCAACAUUUUUAAUUUUGCGAACCACUCUUCAAUUUUAGAGAGAUAUAUUCGGUUUAAAUACUUGUAUAAUGUCAAUCAAAGUUUUACUAGGCAUUGAUUGAAUGUCCAUUUCAUCUAUUGUAACAAAAUCUCUGUUCAGUUGGGGAAAAAAACUAAAACCAAACUGAAACUGGUAGACUAUACUACCAGUACAUCAAUCAUUAGCCGACUCUCAGGCCCUUCAGGCCUUUGAUUUAAGUUUUUGAUAAUUUUGUAAUGAUCAUUUGAUUAAAACUUCUGAUGGUAAAAAAAACUACCAUUACUAGAAUAAACAACACAUUAUAUUGGAAGAAGGGUGCAGUAUUAUGCUUGUACAUGACUUUGUUUAAUUCGACAAGUUUUUUGGCGCCAUAUAACCUAUACUGUGUUGGUGCGCCGUAAAACCCAAAUAAAUAAAUAAAUCUUUUGAACUAUCUGUGUUUCGUUCCUUGUCAUCUGUUAACACUUUCACUGUUCUUGUUUUUGGGAUUAUAUAUUUUUGUGCUUUUCAGUGUCUGUGAUAAUGUCUAUCAUAUUAAACAUAUAGACAUAAA